AUGCAGGAGGCGAAGCUGGAGCCCGACGUCAUCAGCUACAGCGCUGGGACUAGCGCGUGCGAGAAGGGCGGGCAGUGGCAGCGAGCCCUGGCGCUGCUGAGCGAGAUGCGGGAGGCGAAGCUAAAGCCCAACGUCAUCAGCUACAACGCAGGGGUCAGCGCGUGCGAGAAGAACGGGCAGUGGCGGUCGGCGUUGGCGCUGCUGAGCGAGAUGUGGCAGGCGAAGCUGGAGCCCGACGUCAUCAGCUACAGUGCUGGGAUCAGCGCGUGCGAGAAGGGCGAGCAGUGGCAGCGAGCCCUGGCGCUGCUGUGCGUGAUGCGGGGGGCGAAGCUGGAGCCCAACGGGUUCACACCCGUCGGCUACAACGCCGGGAUCAGCGCGUGCGAGAAGGGCGGGCAGUGGCAGCCGGCGCUGUCGCUGCUGAGCGGGAUGCGGGCGGCGGCGCUGGAGCCCGACGUCAUCUCUACAGCGCUGGAAUCAGCGCCUGCGAGAAAGGCGAGCAGUGGCAGCGGGCGCUGACGCUCUUGAGCGAGAUGUGGGAGGUGAAGCUGGAUCCCAACGUCAUCAGCUACAGCGCUGGAAUCACCGCUUGCGAGAAGAGUGGGCAGUGGCAACAGGCCCUGAGCAUGCUCAGAACCAUGCGUUUGAGAAAGUUGGACGUUGGUUUCAUGGUCUACGGAAUUACAGCCAGCAUGUGCGAGCAAGGCGGGCAAUGGAGCCAAGUGCUGUAUUUAUUCAGGGAGGUGCGUGACCUAGUUGCAGGGGAAUGAUACAAUACAUGCCGUGUCCGAUGCAUCUGUUCUGUGCAGUUGCAUCGCUGGGACCAGCGCGUUGGAGAUGGGCGAGCAAUGGCUGAUGGCUUUGGCGCUGUUCAGCGAGGUGCGGGAGGCGAAGCUGGAGCUCGGCUUAGAAUACAGUAUUACAAUACUAGGCUUAGCGCGUGCCAGAGGGGGAAUUCAAUCCGCCCGCCAGGCCCGCGGUGGCGGCGCCUCCGCGGCCACUUGCCCCGAGAGAGCCCCGCGAAUUGCCCCAGAGGCCCCCAGAGCGCCCCACUGCCGCGCAAGAGGGCUCCCGGAGGGCCCACGAAGGCCCCC